AUGAUGGCUGCUGCUUGGACGAUUGACGCACAUGCUUUCACCAUGCUGCCAGAGCUCUGGCGAGCUCGCACGCUGCCUGGCGUACCCAUCUCUGCAGGGCCCCGGUCAGUCACAAAGUGGGGAUGCUCUGGGCGGGCCUCAGGCGUCGCGCAGCUGCUGGGUGCGUGGUGUGUGCCUGCUGCGUGCAGUCUUCGCGCGCGUCGUCGUGUGAAGAGACUCAAGCAGAAAAGGCGUGACCGUGCCAGCUGCUUAGUGCACGGGCAGGGAGUCGACACAGAGCUGCUGAUUGAUGCUGAUACGCACGGCAUUCCUGAAAUCAGAUCUGCAAUCAAGCUACUGGAGCACGAGGGCAGUGCUGUGCGCAGCACAAUUUUCGCGUGGCCUGGGCUACUGCAGAACCGGCACUGGCAAGAGCUUUCAGAGAAGCCAAACAUCUCCUUCCAGCCCGUGGAGCGCUUGUCGAGCCACAGAGGAGAAGCUACAGACAUAGCCAUUCAGGCUCGAGUGCGCACGCUGUCACACUCCUGCUUCGCAGUGCGUAUUGCGCUGUUGGUCUCGGACUUUGGGUAUGCGGAUGUGAUGCGGCAGGCGCUGAUGUUGGGUAAGGCAGUUGUAGCAGUCUGCCCAGAGAAGAAGUUUUAUGUAAUCCACAACUUUGAAGAGAUGGGGCUUCCAGUCAUAAAGGUGCCACCCGACAGAGACACUCGCCCAAGGGUUAGAGCCAUUCUGGACGAGAAUGGCAAAGGACAGGUGGUCCUGGCAGAGGCACGCCAGGCCUAUCAUGGACAAGAGCAGUCGUUGCUUGUCAAGGACUUUUUGAAGCAGCUAGGCUACGUGGGGGAUGAAGGACGGUACCUGAUCCAUGCGAUUGCGAAGUUCUGGUUCACAAACACACUGGGACCCCUCACCGUGUUUCCACAGCAAUGCGCAACGGAAGCCUUACAUGAGAUCAUUUGUCGCAAAGUCCAACAUCACAGAGGCAUUCCUGGCUGGAGAAGACCACAAGCAGCCAUGGCCUUCUUCUUGCCCAGGUCUUCUUCUUCGGUCAAAACAAAAACACUAGCCCGCCGCUUUGGCAGCUCACUUGCCCGUCAAGUUUUUCAGGGAGGUGGGCCAUUUCUCUUGAACGACUCACCGAAGUUGGUUGCACAAGCCCUGCAUAAAAUGGGGUAUUUAGAUGCGAAGCUUAACAGCGAGCUUUCGGAAGCAAUGUUCGUUUUCAUCAAUCAGACUAACAACAAGCACCGCUUGCGCAAGAUGGGCGCAUUGCCUUCAUGCGGAGAUUGUGCCUCCGCUGUCCAGGCGAAAUUGAGGCAUUCUUUUCUGUCUGAUCAGGGAAGUGGCCAGUGGCAUAUCGCACCCAAGUAUCAAAGCCUGCGUGAUGCAUUGUUGAAGAUAGGUUUCUUGCAGAACAAGAAGGCCAACCAGCGUGAUGUGUUCGCAGCCGCAAGACGGUAUGCUCGCGCACACAAGCUGCCGGAAAUGAAGACUCUCAAUGGUCAUGCUUUCCGCAUCAUGCGGAGGUUGAACACCAACCCCAAUCGCAUGGACACGGUCGAGCUUGCACUCUGA